AUGCUACAAGCAAGAAGCAGCAGCAUCGUUGUUAUUUAUUUUUCGUUCAUAGCGGUUUUGUUUACAUUUUUUACGUGCACGCAAUGUCAAAUCCACAGGAGGAGCUUUUGCCGCCCAAUGCUGAAGACGAUGAGCUAACAUUGCCAAGGGCCAGCAUUAAUAAAAUAAUCAAAGAGCUGGUGCCCACAGUACGCGUUGCAAACGAAAGUCGCGAACUGAUUCUCAAUUGCUGCUCCGAAUUCAUACACCUGAUCAGCUCAGAGGCAAAUGAUGUGUGUAAUCAGCGGAGCAAGAAAACUAUCAAUGCUGAACAUGUGCUCGAGGCACUCGAUCGCCUAGGCUUUCGCGACUACAAACAGGAGGCCGAGGCUGUGCUACACGAUUGCAAAGAGGUGGCCGCCAAGCGACGUAGACAGAGCACACGCUUAGAGAAUUUGGGCAUACCAGAGGAGGAGCUCCUGCGCCAACAACAGGAGCUGUUCGCCAAGGCGCGUGAGGAGCAGGCACGCGAAGAGCAACAACAAUGGAUGAGCAUGCAGGCAGCUGCUGUACAACAGAGCAAUGCGCUAAUCCAGCGACCCGCGCAAUUGGAUAAGGAUGCAAGUGGAGGUGGAGGCGGAAAUGGCAGCUUUGUGAGCAAACCCAGUGAGGACGACGAUGAUGAUGACGACGAUGACUACUAAACGAACGAGUUUAUUUGCUUUGCGCUUAAUGUAAUUUUUAA